AUGCCAAUCGGACACGUUCUUCUCAAAGUCGCCGAGGCCGACCAUGCCGCGGUUGUGGACUUCUACACUAGGGCUCUGAAACCUCUCGGCACCGAGAAACUUCAAACCAUGCCAAAUGGCUGGGUGGCCUUCGGCAGCAAGAGUCCGGAGUGGAUUGUGGGCACUGCCUUCGCCAAUUCCGAUAUCAAAGCACACGUUGCCUUCCUAGCGCCUGAUCGCACGUCCGUGGAUGCUUUCCAUGCUGCCGCAGUUGCAGCGGGAGGACAAGAUAACGGAGCUCCUGGGCUGCGACCGCAGAUUCACCCAAACUAUUACGGUGCCUUCGUGUUGGACCCCCAAGGAAACAAUAUUGAAGCAUGUUGCAUGACUACCAUCAUGUAG